GUUAGUACAGGAGAUGGUGCAAUGACUGUCUGAUGGCCUGGAGAUAAAAACUGUUUUUUCAGUCUUUCGGUCCCGGUCUUGAUGCACCUGUUCUGUCUAUCUGCUAAAUGGUAGCAGAGUGAACAGACCGUGACUCGGGUGGCGAGGUCCUUGAUGAUCUUCUUGGCCUUCCUUUGACACUGAGUGGUGUAAAUGUCCUGGAGGGCAGGCAGUGUGUCCUCAGUGAUGUGUUGGGCUGACCGCACUACCCUCUGGAGAGCCAUUCGGUUGAGGGCGGUGUUUGCAGAAUCAAACAUUUUCCACAUGGUUGUUGAAGUACCAAGAUGGACAAAUGCAAAGAUGGAGAUUGCAACCAAAGACCCCCUGAACCCGAUCAAGCAGGAUGUGAAGAAGGGGAACCUGCGUUACGUCGCCAAUGUUUUCCCCCACAAAGGCUACAUCUGGAACUAUGGAGCAAUACCUCAGACUUGGGAGGAUCCCGGGCACAAAGAUGAAGACACUGACUGCUGUGGUGACAACGACCCCAUCGACGUCUGUGAAAUCGGUACCAAGGUGUGUUCGCGUGGGGAGGUGAUCAAGGUGAAGGUACUGGGGGUUUUGGCCAUGAUCGACGAGGGGGAGACGGACUGGAAGGUCAUAGCCAUCAACGUGGAGGACCCUGAAGCUAAGGACCUGAACAACAUCGGUGACAUCCAGAGGCUGAAGCCAGGUUACUUGGAGGCCACCGUGGACUGGUUCAGGAGGUACAAGGUACCAGAUGGGAAACCAGAGAACCAUUUUGCCUUCAACGGAAAGUUCAAAGACAAGGAAUUUGCCAUUGAGACAAUCAAGAGCACCCAUGGCUUCUGGAAGGCACUUAUCUCUCAGAAGACCAACUCUGGAGGACUCAACUGUAAAAACACGUGUGUGUCGGCUGGUGACAGUCCCUUCUGCUGCUCCACGGACGAGGCCAAGGCUGUCAUAGAAGGGACAACCACUUGUGGAACCGAAGAUCCUAUCCCCUGCUCAGUGGAUAAAUGGUUCUACUAUGAGAAGGAGUAACUUUAAGACGAAGACUCAAUGGACCAGUGUCUCACCUGUUUAGCAAGUGUACUUGUAGAUCAUAGACUUAAUGACAGUUGGGGGUGUGGCUGCGAAAGAAUAGACUUUCUUCUCCAUACUCUGAAGAUAAGAGAAGAUGGGACAAAAAGAGUGAAAUAAUGUCUGAGGAAAUGUGUUGUUACUGUUAUUUAACAAAGGUCUCAUUGGAGAUGUGCUGUCGAACAGAUAGUAGGUAGUGUGCUUCCUUUAGCUAGCUACUAUAUGUACUGUAUGGGAUCGUAAAUCCUUUAAUAAAGCUUUUACUGUAAAACAAAAA